GGAUGUACUGGGACAGAAGUGGAAACUCCGAGAGCAAAAACACCAACAUGAAGAUGGAAGUUUGCCAAAGUUCUUAUUACACAGAUGACUUCCGGACCCAGGAAGUGCCGGUGGGAUUCGAUUUUGCAUCUUAUGACUACCCUGAAGACCUGUCUUUUCUGUUAGAUGGCAAAACUCCAGCGCAGCCGCAGUUCCAGGCGGACAGCAGCUACCAGGACGCCACCAAAGUAAACGCUAGUGACGGAGCUCUCUACAACUUGGACUCAUACCAGGAGUGUAACUGGUGGUCUUCGUAUCCACAUGUGGACCAGUCUCAGACCUUGUCAUACCAGGACUCUGCACAGACCUACCAGAAUCUGGUUCCCCAGACUGGUCAGUUCAGUCCAGUCAUGGAGGGUGGCCACAGUCCAUUCACAGGGAAAGUUCAAGCUCACUCCGCUGAGCUGUACGACUCCUCUUCGUUUUGGCCGGAAUACCCCUCUCCACCGUUCGCGGCCCCGCUGCCACACCCACGGCCCCAAGCCUGUCCAGCUACCUCUGGCCCCCGUCCGGCGGAGCACUACUGCCCCCGUGUGGUCAAGCGUAAGAACACACACCUACAGAGGCCUGAGAGGGAAAGUCAUGUGACAGGAAUGUCAGCAUAUCCAGGUUCCGGUCCGAUCCAGCUGUGGCAGUUCUUACUAGAGCUACUUCUGGACUCAGCUUGUCGCACCUUCAUAUCCUGGACGGGGGACGGUUGGGAGUUUAAGAUGUCUGAUCCCUCAGAGGUGGCCAAGCGCUGGGGUCAGUGCAAGAACAAGCCCAAGAUGAACUACGAGAAGCUGAGCCGAGGCCUGCGCUACUAUUACCACAAGAACAUCAUCCACAAAACAGCAGGAAAACGCUAUGUCUACCGCUUUGUGUGCGACAUGCAGGGCAUGCUGGGCAAGUCGGCGGAGGAGGUGCUGACCAGCCUCAACAUCUCACCCACAAACACAGACUCAUGGCACCAUCCGGAUGUACCCACCACUUGUGACAGCAGCAGUGACAGAUGGGAUUAAAGCAGGAGCAACAGACUUUUACGAUGAUCAGGGACAAAGUUUUUCCUUUUUUUUAAUAUACGGUUCUACAUUACUGAAUCCUGAAUUGUGAUUCCCAAGCACUCCUAUCUUCUCAGUUCUACUCAUGACUUGUAAAUAUUGUUUAUAUGGCGUGUACGUAGACGUGUGUGCAUGUAGAGGGUUAUUUUUAUACAAAACUCCUGUCUACCUCUGAUCAUGACAUAC